CUUGAGACGGGGGAACCCAGAAAAAAAAUAAAAAAAAGACAGAGAAAAUGACGCUUCGUUUGAAGGUUUUUUUCUUUUGUUCUCUCGAUUCCUUUAAAUUCUGAGUUUUCCGGAAAACAUGCCGCAGGACAGACAAACUUCACGAUUCUUGUGACUUUGCCCGAGUCCGAUAACAUUCCCCUCCAGUAACACAACCUGCCCCCCCCCCCCCCACUUCAAAUCGCGUCUCAGUGACGCCUUUUGCAACAUGGCGACUCUUUUCACACAUCACGAUCAUGCUGCGACUUCAGAAAACGAUGCCGAGAUAGGAGGCACCCGCAAGGGCAGCAUCGAUUCACCCAGCGGCGGGGAAGAAUCCGCAAACCAGCUUCUCGAGUCUCUUGGCUAUGUCCAGGAGCUAUCCCGCAACCGCUCGACCCUACAGGUAGCCUUCAUGUCCUUUGUCUUGGCUGCAAUACCUUACGGCCUCUCGACGACAAUGUACUAUCCGCUGGCCGGAGGUGGACCGGCGAACAUCAUUUGGGGCUGGAUUGGUGUGUCUUGCAUCAUCAUGUGCGUGGCAAUAUCUCUCGGAGAGAUCACGAGCCUCUAUCCUACAGCCGGAGGAGUGUACUACCAGACAUUCCAGCUCUCGCCGCCGAGAUGGCGAAAGAUCGCCAGCUGGACUUGCGGUUGGCUCUACAUGAUUGGCAAUGUGACCAUCACUCUUGCUGUAAAUUUCGGCACUGCACUCUUCCUGGUUGCCUGCAUCAACGUGUUCGAAGACGAGGCUGGCGUCGGCAUAUUCCCUGGUGAGCCCUGGCAGAUCUUUCUGGUCUUCCUGGGAUUGACGCUGCUGUGCAAUGCUGUGUCGGCCUUUGGUGACCGCUGGUUGCCUAUCUUGGAUACUGCAGCAAUCUUCUGGACUUUCGCUGGCGUGAUAGCGAUCGUGAUAUGUGUGCUCGUUCUGGCCAAGGAGGGCCGCCACAGCGCCGAAUACGUUUUCACUGCAUUCGAACCCCGUUCCGGAUGGACACCCGGCUGGUCCUUUUGCGUUGGCCUCCUGCAGGCCGCGUAUGCCACAUCCUCGACAGGCAUGGUUAUUUCCAUGUGCGAAGAGGUGCGCGAGCCUGCUACCCAAGUCCCCAAGGCCAUGGUCGGCACGAUCGUCCUCAACACCUGCGCCGGACUGCUGAUCCUCAUUCCCUUGGUCUUCGUGAUGCCUGACAUCGAUGGCCUCCUCGCCCUCGCCUCGGGCCAGCCCGUGCCCUCCAUCAUCAAGUCCGCCGUCGGUUCCGCGGGUGGUACCUUCGCCCUCCUCGUACCCCUCCUGGUCUUGGCCAUUAUCUGCGGGAUCGGGUGCACGACUGCCUCGUCCCGAUGCGUCUGGGCCUUCGCGCGCGAUGGCGCCAUCCCUGCAAGCCACCUGUGGAAGAAGAUUGACGGGCGGCUGGGCGUGCCAUUCAACGCCAUGAUGCUGUCUAUGGUUGUCCAGAUCGCCCUCGGUCUGAUCUAUUUUGGUUCCAGUGCGGCUUUCAACGCCUUCUCUGGUGUUGGCGUCAUCUGCUUGACAACCUCGUACGCGAUGCCAAUUGCCGUCAGUUUGUUGGACCGAAGAGAGUCGAUCAAGCACGCGAGCUUCAAUCUUGGUGCCUUGGGCGUCGUGUGCAACUACAUCUCCAUUGCAUGGUCUCUGCUGGCCGUCCCGCUCUUUUGCAUGCCGACUGUUAUCCCCAUCACGGGAGCAACUAUGAAUUAUGCAUCUGUGGUCUUUGUGGCGUUCACAAUGAUGUCCAUUGCAUGGUAUGUAGCAUGGGGACAUCGGAACUAUGCCGGGCCGCCGACAUGAGUAAUGUGCAGGACCUCGCCUGCUUGACGACUGACGCCUAGAACCCCAUCACUCGGACGUAGAACUUAGGAUAUAGGCGUACUUCUCAGAAUUUCAAAAGUCAUUCCGGACCGUG